CGCCGCAUAUCCAGAAGGUAACAAUGGGCGGUGCAACUGUAUCCUACCUUUUCUUUCUCUGCAAUCUCAGAGUGACCUCCCUCGGUUGAUAUUAUGGAGAACGAGCAGUCAUAUGUAUCCAUCACCACAGCAGCAAGAAUCUUCUUGGAGUCAGCACAGCAAUGCAUUCAGCAGCCAGUCAACCUGGGGCCCCGGGAGAUCAUGCUUCUUCAGGAUCAGCUCGGACGAUUCUCAAUAUGGGCUUCAGAAACGGGAGUCUUCGCCCCGCGUAGAGCCUCCUUGGACCAUCGCCUUCGUUAUGUCCCCGAGAUUCAACGUUUGGUGCGCGGGCUACUGGAGACCUUGGACGACCAUCUUCACCACUAUGUAUUACAAGAGACUGAGGAGCGCGAUCUAUCGGCCAUAGCAAAAGACCUGACACUGCUGCAUCGACUGUCAAACACGAUUCGGAGAGCCAGCCGCGAAAGCCAAAACCUGCGGGCCGCAGAGCACUUUCGGAUUGAGGACGAGGAGGGUACCGAUGUCGGGGCAGCGUGGCGGGAUACCUUUGCCGCCGAGGUGAUUCGAAGGAAGUGGCCGAAGUGUGAUGAGUGGCUCAGGGAGAGACUGGCAACAGCAAUGUUGCUGCGUAGGAAGCGUGUGCUCUAUCGACGGUUUCGUCAUGGCAGGGCAAGAACGGAGCAGUCGGUGCCCGGGCAAGACGCUGAGGAUCAAGGCCAGGAACCAGAGGCGGAUCACGAGCAUGUUGAGAGAAAAAAGAAAACAUCAACUCGCAGUGCUUCGGGGUCGAGGGCCACCACCUCAGCGACUACGCUGACUCCCGAGCAAUUUAGAAAGGCAUCUGCUCCUUCUGUCGUGGGGAUUACCAGGACCACCCGCAUGAACACCCAAGAAGAGUCUCUAUAUCCUCCCGCGCCAAAAGGUGAGAUCAUCAAGCGGCUUGAGACACUAGAGAAACAGCGGAGCACAUCCAUCGAGGAUGGCGGUCAGCACUCGAGUGGUCAGGAUGCGGAGUUUGGCCGACGAGAGAAGAUUGUUGCAGAUAGGCAGGCGAUGUUAAGGAACUCGGAGGUCGUAUGUCCCUAUUGCUGUUGCACCCUCUCGGGGGCGGAUGUGAUGGACGAUAGCAAAUGGAGGAACCACCUCAAACACGAUCUAGAAGCAUAUGUCUGCCUGUUUGAAGAAUGCGCCACGGAAAUGGUAUUGUAUAGUCACAGUGAGGAAUGGCUCAACCACCUGCGCGAGCACAAGGUUCGAUGGCGCUGCACAGCCAAGGCUCAUGGGAUCCUAAUCUUCGAGGACCAAGCCGACUAUUUAAGCCAUAUCCGGAACAAGCACAAGGGAUCGGAGUCUCAGCUUCGCUACCUGACCGAACGUGGCAGCCAGCCGUCUGGACCGCUCUUCAUAACCUGCCCAUUAUGCAGCGCUGAGGCCGCCAAGUUGAACAUUCCUGUUGAAGACCAUAUUGCAAGUCAUCUCCGGUAUCUAGCCCUUCAGUCGCUGCCGUUCGUGGAAUAUAACGCUCAAGUUUCUGGGGAGGAUGGAUCACUGCAAUCAAGCGACGGCGAAAUAGGGAGCCGCAGCACAUUCGAUGAUGAUUUCGAUGGUGACCUUUCAUUCGACUUGGCUGAGGAGCCCCGGAAAUCACUAGAUUCGGAUCAUGAUGAAGAGCCUUCUUUUGCUCCUGAUCCUCGAUUAAAGCCAACUAUCACAUUUGUUGAGGGAUACGAAGAACUCUUUGAGACAAGUCAAUUGUCCUCUUCGACAAACUCUAUGAUCGAAACUAAAACUGAACAAGUUGACAUCGACAGAACAGUUGAUGCAUUCGAUGAAGCAGCUCAGUCAUAUUCAUCCUCACCAACUGCAAGUCUAGAUAUGAGGUCCAGGGAUUCCGCCAAGGAUGAGGCAAUUGCUCGCCUGGAAAAGUUGAUGAUUGAAGAUAGAGCCGAAAGAUUCGCGCGAGAGGAAACUAAUUCAAGGCUUCGACGAGCAAUAGCCGAAGGAGACACGGCUUCAGAAACCAGGAAACCCAGCGCCACCCGCUCGCAGAAAGGCGCGGGAAACGAGGCUUCAGAUAUCCCACACCGGAAAAGGUCGACCGUCGAGUUCAGGGAUGCAGUAGGAAGGAGAUUGUCGUUUCCAUUUGACGCGUGUCGCACGUGGGAGGUAGAAAAAUUCAAUCCCAUCCGUAGGUUCUUCGCUGAUCGAAAUCGAUUCAGGGCAUUGAAAGUCUCAUAAGGCAGUCCUUUUUAUACAUGGAGGAGCUAGAGUCUCACGUCGCGGCAGGGCAUUAUGAUUUGGUAGG